GGUACUACCGGGACCGGAGGAACAAGUUUCCCUACGAGCGCCGCCCCGAGUCCAGAGCGUACCUGGCCCCUGAGGACGGGGACUUCUACUACUGCGGGGACGUUCGGGGCCGGCUGCAGGAGGUGCACCUGAUGGCCAAGACCUGCCGCCGGGACUUUGAGGCUGACGCUCGAGGGGGCAUCGAGGCCGCCUGGCAGGAGGAGAGUCGAACUGAAAAGUACUUCCUGUUCUCAAAGUACAUGUGGAUCCAUAAGCCCACUAAGGUUCUGUCCCCGGAGUACCUGUGGCAGGACUUCAAGUCCAGAGAGCCGGAGAUCCGCCUGGUUCGGUUCUCCGGAGUCACGAAGAACUACGCAGAGAUCCGACCCAACAUCUAGACACACACACACACACACACACACACACACACACACACACACACACACACACACACACACACAUACACAGAC